UCAUAUAUAUAUAAUGAACAAUUUGUGUAUUUUCUAGAAAGUAAUAAAUUUUUUUUUCAAUUUCAAAACUUUCUUCCAAGUGAUUUAUCAAUUAAAGAAGAAAUGAGGAAUUGUACUUUAUUGCUGCUUUACAUUGGAUUACUAAUCGCCGUUUCCUAUGCGGACGAAGUAGAAAACGAAUCAGUUCAAUACGAGGUUCAAGAACUUGAUUCAGAAUUGUUGGAGAAUAUAUUAUUUGGAAGAUGCCGCAGAGAAGGCCAGGACUGCACUAAACGUAGAUGUUGCUGGAGAUUGAAAUGUGACAAUGCGACAAAGAAAUGUGCGAGGGAACCCUGCAAAAAGGAAAAUGAAGCAUGCCGAAUAAGUAGUCAAUGCUGCAAAGAUCUGAGAUGUUGCAACAGACGAAAUAGAUGUGUAAAGAAGGAACCCUGCAAAAAGGAAACUGAAGCUUGCCGAUUAAACAGUCAAUGCUGCGAAGGACUGAGAUGUUCCAUAAGACAAAGGAAAUGUGUAAAGAAGGAUCCCUGCAAAAAGGAAACUGAAGCUUGCCGAUUAGACAGUCAAUGCUGUAAAGGACUGAGAUGUUCCAUGAGACAAAGGAAAUGUGUGAAGAAGGAUGCCUGCAAAAAGGAAAAUGAAGCAUGCCGAAUAAAUAGACAAUGUUGCGAAGGAACGAAAUGUUGCAAAAAACAAAAGAAAUGUGUGAAAAAAGCAGAAUUCAUUCCUGAAGAUUUUAUCCAGAAUAUCGAUUUUGAAGAGGACUUCGAUGACCAGGAAGAUUUUGAAGAUGAAUUUUAAAUUGCAAUUGCAAUUGCAAAUUAUUGCUUCAAUUUACGAUGACUCUUGGAAGAAUAAAAACUUUGACAUAUAUUUUAAAGAAAAAUAAAUUUUUCUAUUGCAUAUUUAA